AUGGGUUCUAUUUUAAAAACAGAAGAUGAAAGCAAAAAUCUGUCACCUUCUUUGUCAUUAAUAAAUCCAACGCAAUCUGAAUUAUCAUCGACAAAUACCAUUAAUAAUAAUAAUAACAAUAAUAAUAAUAGUAAUAAUAAUAGUAAUAAUAAUAAUAAUAAUAAUGAUGAUAAUAAUGAUGAUAAUAAUAAUAAUAAUCUAAUAAAAUUAAUAUUUAAAGAAUGUAAUAACCCCAAAAAACAAUUAGAAACAAUUAAACAAUUAAAAGUCCAAUUUCCAACAUGUGUAGAUCAACUAGAAUUUAUAAUUGAAGCUUUGGAAGAUGAUUUUUUUACUACUCUGAUUGAAAAAUUAAAAAAAAAAUUAUUAAAAGAAAUAAAGAAUAAUUUUUUAAAUAAUAAUAAUAAUAAUAAUAAUAAUAAUAAUAAUAAUAAAAAUAAUAAUAAUAAUAAUAAUAAUAAUAAUAAUAAUAAUAAUAAUAAUAAUACAGUUAGUGAGCAUUUAAUUUUAUCAAGUGAUUUUUUUAAUAAAUUUAUCAAAUUUCAAACCAUUAUAAAAUUUAAUGUACAUUAUCAAAUACAUUUAUUAAAGAAUCAUUUUUCACAAACAAAAAGUUCAAAAAAAAAUUCUAUAAAUGACUUUAAAAAUCAUUUAAAAUCAAGUGGAAUUUCAAUAAAAUUUAAAAAAAUUGGUACUUUUGAUCCAAAUUUAAUUUCAAAACCAUAUAUUUUCACUCCUACAAAUAAAACAGAAUCAUAUAUGAUUCCAGAUUUCUCAUUGCCUCUUCCAAAUCAAACAGUUUCAAAUUAUAUAAAAUCACUUUACCCAAAACUUGGAGUAUUAUUAACUCAAUUAAAUGAAACAAUUAAUUUAUCACCAACACCUCAAAUUACCACUGAAACUAUAAACUCAUCAAUAUUAAUAGAUAGUUUAGAGGAUAUUGAAAAUUAUUUUCCAACUUUUCAAAGUAAAAUUCAAGAAGUAUUACUUAAAUCCUCAUCAAAAUUCUUUUUAUUACGUAAAAUCAACAAUGUCAAAUAUACAGCUUCAAUUCAUGUCUCUUCUAAAUUUCCUACAUUUUUUCAAAGAAAUGAUUUAUUAUAUUAUAAUAAUAAUAAUAAUAAUAAAGAUGAAGAUGAAGAUGAAGAUGAAGGUGAAGAUGAAGAUGAAGAUGAUAUAAUUAAAAGAAAUAUAUAUCAAUUAUAUAGUGAUUAUAGUAAUUUAAAUUUUUUAAUCGAGUUUAGUUUUUUUUUUAAAAGAUUAACAUCAAAUAGAAUACAAAAAAUUAGAGGUAGAAUUGAAAUAGAAACUUCUGUACAAUUUGAAAUGCCAAUAUCGUUUUUAGAUAUUGAAAAAUGUAUUUUUCCAAGUAAAUUAAAAAAAGAAUUAAUUGAAUUUAGAACAGUUUUAAAGAAUAAAAAUUAUCGUAUCAAUGAUUUAAGAUUUACAGAGUAUUUAGAUGGUUUAAUUGAUUCAAAUUUUAUCAAAAUUUGUGAAUCAUUUGAAAAAUGUAUGAAGCUAAUAGGAAAAGGAAAAUCUUUAUCAGAAAAGUAUACUAUCUAUUCAAAUGCACCAAAAACAACAAAAACAACAACAACAACAACAACGUCGACGACAGCAACAAGUUUACCAUUAUUCUCAGCUCCAAUAAAUCAAGGUAGAUCAAAUGAAGCCAAGCCAACAAUAAAACAAAUACCACAAACAGUUGCCUCAACUAAAUCAGUGAUUGGAUCCGAUUCACUUUCACCUACCAUAACCACCACAAACACAACAACUUCAAUAAGACCCACCACCACAACCACUCCGACAACAACAACAACAACAACAAGUUUACCAUCAUUAUCAGCUCCAAUAAAUCCAGGUAAACCAAAUGAGGCCCAACCAACAAUAAAACAAAUACCACAAACAAUUGCCUCAACUAAAUCAGUGAUUGAACCGGAUUCACUUUCUCCUACCACAACCACAACCACAACCACAACUACAACCACAACCACAACCACUCCUACAACAACAACUUUACCGUCAUUACCAGCUCCAAUAAAUCCAGGUAAACCAAACGAGGCCCAACCAACAAUAAAACAAAUACCACAAAAAAUUGCCUCAACUAAAUCAGUGAUUGAACCAGAUUCACUUUCACCUACCACAACCACCACAACCGCAACCACUCAUACAACAACAACACCUCAAAGUGGUUCAUCCACUUUUGAUAUAAACCAACCAUUGAAACGUAGUUUAUUAAAUUUAAUAUUUGAAGAUUCAAAUAGUGCAGAUUUAAUUUUUAGAAAAUUGGAUACAUUAUCAAAAUUGAAUCCAUCUUAUCAACCAUCAUUAGAACAAGUAAAGAAAAUAAUUGAUGAGAACAAAAAUCAAUUUAAUAUGCAUAUUCAAGUUUUAAAAAUUAGAUUAAUACACGAUAUUUCAAUGGUUCAAAGAAAUAAUAUAAAUACUGAAAAUAUUGAUUCAAUUUAUCAAAAAUCAUUAUCAUUAAUGGUAAUGAUAGAAUUCAACCAUUUCUCACAAAUUUCAGAGUUAAAAGAAAAAACAAAAACUUUUAGACCCAUAAAUUCAGAUCAAUUGAAAUUAGAAUUAGAGAGAAAUAAUGAAACUAAAUUAAACUUUUUAGAUUUAAUUAGAGGUAAAUUCUCUGAUGGUUUUAUCAAAAAAUUUAAAUCUAAAACAAAAAUUAAUCGUUCCGCUAUUAAAAUUCCAACUUUUAAAUUAUUAAACUCUGAAAGGUUAACCUUAAUUUCAAAAUUGUUAUUUAAUGAAAUUUAUCAAUUAAUUAAAAAUGAAAAGGUUUUAAUAAACUCAUCAUCAACACCAACUCCAACACCAACAACAACACCAACAACUACUACAACAACAACAACCAAAUCAAAUAAUAAAUUUAAUAAUAAUAAUAAUAAAAACAAUUAUAAUAAUAAUGAAAAUUUUUUAAAAAUUGUAUUAAUUCGUGAAUUAGUUAGUGUUUUUUUAAAGAGUCCUUACGAAAUAUUAUCAAUAUUUUUAAAGAUUAGUCCAGAAAGAAUUCCAUUAAUACAGGUGAAUAGUAUUAGAAAUUUGAAAUCAAGUUACUCAAAUCAUGAAGAAUAUAUGGAUUUAAUGAAACCUUUGAUAGUGGAGGAAUAUAGGAAACAACUUGCAGGUGAAUUUGAUGAAAUUGAAGGUGUUUCAAUAUCAGAAAAAGAUGGUACAUUAAUAGGUUUAGAUAAAAUUAAGAUGAUUGAUGGACCAACAAUUCACUCAUUUAAAGAGAUAUCCGACUAUUCAAUUAUGAAGUUUGAAAUUGAUGUAAAUGAUGGGUCCCAAGAAUUAUUUUAUAAUGAUGUUUUACUUUUUAAAGUAUUUGAUAAUACCAAUGAACCAAUGUUUGCAAUGGGUUUAGUACUCAAUUGUUCAAAUGUUGAUUUAGAAGAGAAUACACAAAUUGUAAAAUGUAAAUUUCAUUCAUCAGAUUCAAUGGAUCCUAUAAUAGAAAUGUUUGAUUCAAUUUCAUUCAAUCAUAAAAACUAUUUGAAAGAUUCCAAUACUAUAAAAGAAAAGUUAUACUUUAUAAAAGUUUCAAAUUGCAUUACAUUCAUUAGAGAGUUGAAUGCAAUAAAAGAUUUUAGAAAUUCUGGAAUACUAUUUGAUCAAAUUUUACAACCAUCAAGAAAAGACCACGAUAUACUAUCCUCAAAGAGAAUGGCUAUUCCAUCAUUGUUGAGAUCCAUGUGUAUUCAAGAAUUGAAUACAUCACAAUUUAAUUCAAUUGAAACAUCAUUAUCAACAAAAGGUAUUACAUUAAUUCAAGGUCCACCAGGUACUGGUAAAACUACAACAAUUUAUUAUUUACUUUCAAUUUUAUUAGCAAUUAAUCCAGAAUUCAAGAUAUUAGUAUGUGGUCCAUCACAUGCAUCAGUAGAUGAAAUUGCAAAGAGAUGUUCAAAAAAGAAAUUAAUAGGUUUAGAUGGUAAACCUUAUUUACCAAAUAUGGUACGUAUUGGUAAAAAGGAAAAUAUAUCACCAGAUUGUCAUAGUAUUUCAAUUUUCAAUAAAACUCAACGUGAGAAAUCUGAUAGUAUCUAUAGAGCAUCCAUUGUUUUCUCAACUCUAUCUGGAAGUGGUUCUGAAACUGUUAAGAACAACUUUAGAGCAGAUAUUAUAUUAGUAGAUGAAUCAACUCAAUCAACUGAACCAUCAUCAAUAAUUCCAUUAUGUAUUGGUAAUAUUGAAAAGUUAAUUCUCGUUGGUGAUCCAUUACAAUUACCACCAACUAUCUUCUCUACAGAAAGUGCAGAAAAUGGUUUAAAUAUAUCAUUAUUCGAAAGAUUAUCAAAAGUAUUACCAGUUGAAAUGUUACAUGUUCAAUAUCGUAUGCAUCCAACAAUUUCAAGAUUCCCAUCAAAUCAAUUCUAUAGAGACAGAUUAUUAGAUGGUGAUAAUGUAAAGUCAUUAGUAUACAAUCAACAUAAUUUCCAUUCAGAUAUCAAAUAUGGUCCAAUUAGAUUCUAUGAUGUUAUUGAUUCAAAAGAAGAAAGUGGUAAAAGAUCAUUAAAGAAUAAAUUAGAAAUCACAAUGGUAUUCACAUUGAUUAAAAAGUUAGUUCAAGAUUAUCCAGAAUGUAAAAAGUUCUCAUUUGGUAUUAUUACGCCAUAUAAAUUACAAAAGAGUGAAAUCAAAGAACAACAUAAACAGUUUAAUUAUCCAUUAAAUAUUGAAACAUCAACAAUUGAUGGUUUUCAAGGUUCAGAAAAAGAUAUCAUAAUUUUAUCGUGUGUAAGAAGCGAAAGAAUUGGUUUCCUUUCUGAUCGUAGACGUAUUAAUGUCGCACUCACAAGAGCUAAAUUUGGAUUAUUUGUAAUUGGUAAUUCUAAACUCUUAAAAAAAGAUAGAACUUGGGGUCCAUUUUGUCAAUAUGUUCAUUCAAUAAACUCAAUGGUCUCAAUUGAUUCCAAAGGUAUCAGUGUUUUAGAACAACAAAUUCAAGAAUAUGACUAUUUAAAUCCAAAUGGAUUAAUUCAACCUCAUUCAGAUUCUGAAGAUGAAUAUGAUGAUGAAGAUGAGGACGAAGACGAAGACGAGGAUGAAGAUGAUGAUGAUGAUGAUGAUGAUGAUGAUGAUGAUGAUGAUGAAGAUGAUGAUGAAGAUGAUGGUGACAAGGGUGAGCAUGAAGACAAAGAAAAUUAUUAUAGUGAGAGUGAAUGUAAUAGAAUCAAGAAAAUAAAUAAAGAGGGUGAAGAUAAUACUGUUUUAGAAGAUAAUGAUUAUAGUUUAAGUGAAGAAGAUGAAUUUUUAAGUUUUAGUGAAGAGAAAACUCUAUUAUUUAAGAAUCAUUAA